GGCGAACUGGUCUCCCAGGUCUCAACACCGGUUGCUCCCGAGUAUCUUGAACACCAGGCAAAGGAUGAACGCCUGACUGGUCCCAACGAAUUCUCACAGCUUGACAGGGUUCAGAGUGAACCGUCAGUCGACACAGCUGCCCUCGGAUCCGACCGGUUUUCUCCCCAUGUCAUGAACCAGCAACCAUUAGGCUCUGCCUUAUACAUAGAAGAUAGUCGCAUGAAGAUUGCCAACUCCCCUGAUCUUUCCAACGCUUCUGCUCUGGGAGAUUCACAAAGCCAAACCGGUAUCGGCCUGCUUCCCGAGCUGAGCGUGAUGGACAUUGAGUCACAGUUGAACGAAUUCGAAAGAAACGAUAUCUACCGUGGCAGCCUACCCGCUAGCCACGCCACUCCUCCUAUGCAGUUGGUUGAUAUUGUCGCCAGUCCAAAGUCCGGCAGCGAUGUGCUCAGUAGGACUCAGAUGUCUUCC